AUGGCAUUCCGCGGUACGAGAGGAGGACCAAGUACUAGUACCACGCAUGAUGGAAGUUAUCUUGAACGUCAUAAUGACAGUCUAGUUGAUGAAUUGUCGACGAAGGUUGCGGCACUCAAAAAGGUUACCAUAUCAAUCGGAGAAGAUGUUAGAGAACAGAAUCGCUUACUAAAUAGCAUGGAUGAUGAUUUUGACGCCUCAAAAGGAUUGUUAUCAUCUACAAUGAGGCGUCUUGGUAUUGUUAGCAAGGCAGGAGGUCGGUUCAUCGUUUCAUUACACUUUUUUUACGAUUCUUAUGAACUGUUAAUGUCACUUGGUUCCUGUAUGUCCUACAAGUUUGAUAAGCAAGAGUCUGAUGUGUUAUUUGAUGUUGUUCGCUCUAUUCGUCUUCUUCGUUAUUUAUUAUUUGGCAAGGUAGAAGCGAACAAGGAUAAGGCACAAAUGAGCGGAGACCAUCCGUAA